GUUCAUUUUUAUUGAUUAAAAAAGAAAAGAAAAGAAAGAAAAGGAAAAAAAAAAAACAACUCCAUAUAUAUGGUAAAAGCCGACUCAAGACGACAACCCUCUUGUCGACGUAUAGUUUGGAUCGCAUAUACUAAAAUAUGUACAUUAUUUAUUCCGGAUACAUUACUGAUUUAUUUAUCAAAUGGACGUCUCACAACAAAAGCAAGGCGAGAAGCUUGGAGAGAAAAGUUUACUUUGUUCUUAACUUAUCUAUUAAUCGGAGGCCUAUUUGGCUUUUGGUUAGAAUACAUUACAACUUUAUUUUGUGAUCCUCCAGCAACUUACGAUUAUUUUGAAGUUUAUGCAAAUAAUUCUAAAAUGUCUACUAUUAAUGGUGAAGUUGUCAACUGGCAUCAUCUAGGGAAUAUUUCGGAAAUGACCGAACAAGUCAAUAAAUAUCCUCAUUACGAUCUAUCACCCAUGUUCCCUUUAUUUAUGCAAUUAAAACGUCCAGCUAAUCAAGAUUAUUAUGACAAUCAAGUCAUUAAUAGAUGCAUUAAUGGAUUCAACCGUUCUUAUCAAGCAGAUAAUUGGUUACAGUAUAAACUUACUCACGAUUCUGGCUAUUUAUACAAAGAUAAUCAACUUAUUAGCUGUCCACUUCCGACUCAACGUAAUAAAACUGGUGCACCUUGCUUUUAUUCUUUAAAUAAUCAGCUAGAAUAUGAAAAAUAUGGAACAAAAGGAGCUCUUAAAUUUAAUGCUCCUUUUGUAUAUUCGAAUUUUUCUACAUUACCUGGCAAGCAUGAUUUCAAUGACCAAGCAUUUGUCAUAUUAGAUAAUAAAGUAUUAGAUGUAACGGGUUAUCUAGAAGCAGCUACAAAUAUAGUGCAGUUAUCACAAGGCGUCUAUUCUCGUUCAUUUGCACUUGAUCGUAUGUUUUUACCACUUGAAUUGACUAUCCUUUUAUUUAUUCAUUUGGGUGAAGAUAUUACAUCCGCUUUUUAUUCUGAAAUAGAAUAUGCAAAUGACAUCAAAGAAUGCCUUUAUGCAUUAUUUUAUCAUGGCGUUGUAGAUGAGGAAACGGAUGAAGGCUGUUCUCAUGUCAACGUAGCUCUCUGGAUAACUUUAGGUUGUUUUCUAAUGUACUUUCUAUUCAAAAUGAAUUUGGCAAACAUUUCACAACUUCCUUUUAUACAACGAUUCUUAUACAAGUCUGUUCCAAAUUCAUAUGCUAUAAUGCAAAAGGGGAAUGAUAGGACCAAGAUGGAUCGUACUUUAUCCAGUUUAAGCAAUGGUCGCUAUGUAUUACCUUAUACAUUAUUCUUUAUUCCUUGCUUUGCUGAAUCAUCCGAAGCACUUCGUCAAACAUUUGAUUCAUUGGCUCGUACCAGCUAUCCUGAUACCCGAAAACUUUUAUUUUUUGUUUGUGAUGGCCUGGUCAAGAGUCGUUCAGACUCAAAAGAAACUUAUCUUUGUAUUUUAGAUGCUUUGGGUUAUAGUUCAACAAAGGAUCCUGAAUUACGAUCCUACAUUUCAUUAGGCCAAGGAUCGAGACGAAUAAAUUAUGCAAAAGUGUAUGCUGGCUUUUAUGAAUCAGGUCGUAAUCGAGUCCCGUUUUUAAUGGUUGUCAAAGUAGGUGCACCUAACGAAUCAUUAUCUACAACGAGGGUACCUGGUAAUCGAGGAAAGCGUGAUUCUUUGUUAAUCAUCCUUGGUUUCUUGGAACGUUGUAUGAAUCUUGCUCAUAACCGUAUUACACCGUUGGAAUUUGAGCUCUUUAAUCUAUGCUACAAUCUAUUGGGAAUUGAUCCUAGAGAAUUAAAAUACAUGCUUGUGACAGAUGCUGAUAUUCAGGUACAAGAUGAUGUUGUUCUUAGACUCGUAUCGAGAUUAGAGGCAGACCCUAAAAUAUUGGCUAUUAGUGGUCAUAUUCGUCCAGCAAAUCCAGAAGAAAAUAUUAUAACCAUGUUACAAAUAUUUCCAUUUUAUUUGACUUUUUAUUCAGGUAUGGCUUAUGAAGCCUGUUUAGGAACUGUAACAUCGCUAAAUGGCGGAUUCGCUAUGUACCGCCUUUGGUCAGAAUCUUCAUCAAACCAGCAUUCUCUUUACUACUAUACAGGCGAUCGGGGUAGUAUCAGUAAUGAAGAAAGUUAUCUUAAUAAUGGAAGUUAUGUUCCUAUUGCCGUCGACAUAAAAACGAAUGAUACAAAUAUUAAAUUGAAACGAUUAUACGAGCAACAAAAUCACCAACUAUUGCCACAAAAAUGGCCAAAAUUAAGCGAUGAAAUUGUUGUAGAGGAGGAUAGUGGUAACCAUCCAAAAUCAUACAGGUCAAACCAAAGGGGUCAACAUUUAAAUGAGGAUGAAGAUAGUAGUAGCAGCAGUGAUGAUAAUAUGACAAUAGCAACGGAGGGUAAUACGACAGUGUCAAACACAUACCCGAAUAAAUUUAGCUAUCGACGUCGUAUCCGUAAGAAAAAGAAAAAGCAAGAGACAUCCGCACCAUUUGCUCCAAAAUCAAAUAUUAUACCAUGCUGUAUUCAACCUACUGUCCUACGUGGUCUUGCUGCACUGCGACCUGAUACAAUGCACACUGAAAAUAUAUUAUUAUCGGGGGAGGAACAGUAUUUUGGUAUUAUCUUGUUACAAUCUAAUCCACGACAUCGACUUGCGUUUGAACCUGAGGCCAUCGCAUAUGCUACACUCCCUACCAACUUUUUUGCCCUACAGGCUUUGCAAAUUCGAAGUCUUCUUGCUGCAUUUCAUAUACAACUUGAAUUUCAACAUAUUGCUAAACAUUUAGGUAUCAUGUAUUGGAUUGUCUCCUUUACAAAGCUUGUAGAUAUGAUUUUUUCGAUGCCUAUCAUUGUUUAUUUAUAUUCAAUCUAUAUUCGAUAUUUUAGACGACAGGAAUUAGCCUAUGCUAUCAUUGCUGGAUCCUUUACUUGCUUAAUCACACUUUACAUCUUUUAUUUUAUAACUCGACGUCAAUUUAAAUAUGUGUUAUGGUUUGUCAUCUAUGGCCUCUUUUCCGUCCCUAUCUUUGGUGUGUAUUUCCCUCUUUUGGCUGCUUGGCGUUCAGAUUAUGCUAAUCGUUGGUAUGAUACCUGGCCAACACUAUUUGGAGGCUAUGGCAGUCGAUUGCAUGGUAUCAUGAUGGACGAAAAAAUGGAAAAUGAAUAUACUCUGAUAGAAGAAGAGGAGGCAGAUGAAAUGAUCGUUCGAAUGCGUCUUGCUGAUUUUGAAGUAUUAGAAGCUGAAAAAAUGGCACAAAGAGAGAAGGAGCAGGCAGAGAUGUUAGAUGCUAAAUUUAAUGGAUUUACAGGUUAUGUAAGUAAUAAUGCAAUUGCAGCAGCAUAUAGUCAUGGUAGUAAACCUUCAUGGUCUUCUUCUCGUUUUGAUAUACCCUUAAUACCUACCCCACCACCUCUUGCUCAAGUAAAAGAUGGUAAAAUCAAACAUUCACGAUUUGCCUCUGAAGAGGAUGCUCGUUUCUUAUCCAAUUAUAAUCCUACAGAACGUGAGUCCUCUAUUGUUAGUAUCUCUAGUAAUUCUCAUAAUCCAUUUUUGACUGCUUUGGAUAAUCCCUUUGAUGAUAUCUAUGGUGAUUAUAUACCAGAUGGUAGACAUGCUCAUUCACUUUCGAUUGCUGCUGCCUCAGCUAUACCUACUGCCGCAUCUUCUAACUUUAGUCGACACAAGCAAAGCAAUUCACAAUCUUCCUAUUUCAGUCGAUCUUCUCAUCAGGCUGAUUAUUAUUAUCAACCGCAAGAUAUGUUUGUUCCCUCCUCUGAAAAUGAUACUGCGGGAUUUAGUAUAUCAAAUAGAUUUGUAGCUACCCAUCAUCGUAUUCGAUCUCAUUCUACCUCUUCAACUACUGCCUAUCUACCUCCUCGUCGACUUCAUGAAGAGGAAGAUGUUCCCUUUACCGAUAAUCGUUCCAUUCAUUCCAUUGCUACUUCUCUUUCAAAUUCGGUCAUCAGUCUGGAACGUGAUGCACCUAUAUUAGAGAGCCAAACAGAUAAGUCUCAUAGUUAUAAUAGCCCUCAUCAUAUCCUUGGUGGUAGACAACGUCGUCCAUUAUUCCACCCUCUUUAUGAAGGUAGAAGCGCGCCUGUACAUUCUAAAAUUAUGUCAAAUCAAUAAUAACAAUUAAUAAUUUAUUAUAUCUCUCUCCCUCCACCAUUUUUUUUUUUCAUUUCCCCUAUACAUUUAUGUAACUCUUGUAAUACCAUAUUUCUUUUGUUUUUGC